AUGUCUCAGCCACCGCCGUACUACACAACGCAGCCGACUGGUGGUCAAUACUACCCUCAAAAUCAAAACCCAUACGCACCUCAUGAUGUCUAUCCGCAAGGACAAUAUCCACCAAAUGUUGUCUACGUACAACAACCUCCUCCUCAACGAGACGAUUGGUGGUUGACGUCGUUGUUGGCGCUUUGUUGUGGAUGCCUCAUCGGAGAAGCAUGUUGUGAUUCACCGUGUAUAUGUUGUGUACUCCCCUGUCCUAUAUCAUUGCCCCGAUUUCGUUGA